AUGCGUACAGAAGUCGUGUCUACUUUGCUGGCUGUGGAGGAAGAAGUGAAAACUGAGGAAAUGGCACAAGAGCCACAGAUCUCGAAGGUACAUGGCGGUGGCUUCGUCUGUUUGCUCACGGGUGUCAAUUAUUUUGCUCCCACCGGAGGCCGGUCUAGCUACCUCGGGAUAUCCAGUACCGGUAGACCAAAAAUGUCCGCGAUGAGGGCACGUUCUCAGAUUUUCCCACCCGCUCGGCCGGGUUUCUAG